UGACAAAUGACACUUAACAUUAUUUAUGAAAUGAAGACCUGUGUUUUUGAUAUUUAUAACUGACUUAUUUUGUUUCUUUGAUUGAUACGACAAUACAACGCGGAUGAAAAUGUGUUUUCCAAAAAAUACUAUUACAAUGUGGUAUUAACACCCUCAGUUUAAAUUAAGUAAUUGUAAAGUUAGGAAAACAUUAGUUUUAGGUUAGACUUCUUAGGAAAAUAUGAAACUUUACUGCCUCAGCAGCGAUGCGGCCAAGCCGUGCUUCGUGCUGUCGUUCAAGGAGCUGCUCAUCAUGCUGGACUGCGGGCUGUCGGCGCACUCGGUGCUCAACUUCCUGCCGCUGCCGCCCGUGCCCAGCACGCGGCUCGCCUCGCUGCCCAACUACACGCCGCCGCACCUCAACGAUCCACUGCUUGAGGGGGAAUUAAAAGAUUGCUGCGGACGUGUUUUCGUAGACAGUAUUCCAGAGUUCUGUCCGCCGCUAGACAAAGUGGUAGACUUCUCCCAACUGGACGUGAUUCUGAUCUCCAACUACACGUGCAUGCUGGCACUGCCGUUCAUCACGGAAGACACGGGCUUCAAGGGCCAGGUGUACGCGACGGAGCCCACGCUGCAGAUCGGGCGCUUCUACCUGGAGGAGCUGGGCUCGUGGCUGGCGGGCGCGGGCGGCGCGGGCGCGGCGCGGCGCUGGAAGGAGCUGCUGCACGUGCUGCCCGCGCCGCUGGCGCUGGCGGCCCGGCCCCGCGCCUGGCGCCGCCUGUUCGCGCGCGAGCACAUCGCGCGGGCGCUGGCGCGGGUGCGCGUGGUGGGCUACGACGAGCGCGUCGACGUGUACGGCGCGCUGGACGCCACGGCCGUCAGCUCCGGCUUCUGUCUCGGCUCCGCCAACUGGGUGCUGCGCUCCGCACACGAGAAGGUGGCGUACGUGAGCGGGUCGUCGACGCUGACGACGCACCCGCGGCCCAUCAACCAGGCGGCGCUGCGCGGCGCGGACGUGCUGGUGCUGGCGGCGCUGACGCAGACGCCGGCGCACAACCCCGACCACAUGCUGGGCGACCUGUGCGUGCACGCGGCCGUGACGCUGCGGGCGGGCGGCUCGGUGCUGCUGCCCGUGUACCCGUCGGGCGUGCUGUACGACCUGCUGGAGUGCCUGUCGGCGCACCUGGACCAGGCGGGGCUGGCGGCCGUGCCGCUCUACGUGCUGUCGCCCGUGGCCGACUCCUCGCUGGCGUACAGCAACAUCCUGGCGGAGUGGGUGUCGGUGGGCAAGCAGGCGCGGGUGUACCUGCCGGAGGAGCCGUUCCCGCACGCGGCGCUGGCUCGCGGCGGCCGCCUCAAGCACGCGAGGCAUCUGCACGACGACGCCUUCAGUGCUGACUUCCGACAGCCUUGCGUCGUCUUCUGUGGACACCCGAGUCUUCGUUUCGGAGCCGCCGUGCAUCUCGUCGAGCUGUGGGCGUCUAACCCUGCUCACGCCAUCAUAUUCACUGAGCCCGACUUCCCGUACCUGGACGCGCUGGCGCCGUUCCAGCCGCUCGCCAUGAAGGCGUUCCACUGCCCCAUCGACACGUCGCUCAACUACUCGCAGGCCAACAAGCUGGUGCGCGAGCUGCGGCCGCGCGAGCUGGCGCUGCCCGAGCAGUACGCCGCGGCGGCCGGCGGCGCCGCCCCGCGCCCGCACAUCGCGGCCGACGUGCCCACCGUGCUGCUGCGGCGCGGGGCCGCGCGCGCCUGCGGGCCGCGGCGCGGGCUGGCGCGGGCCUCGCUGUCGGCGGCGCUGGCGGCGCGCCUGGCGCCGCGGGACGUGCGCGCGGGGCUGCGCGCCGCGCCGCUGUGUGCCGCGCUGCGCGUGCGCGACCGCCGCGUGUCGCUGGACGUGCCGCCGCCGGGCCCGGGCGCCGCGCGCGAGGCGCCGCGCCUGGACUGGGCGGCGCCGGACGUGGAGGCGCUGGUGCGGGCGCUGGCGCGGGAGGGCGUGGCGGAGGCGCGCGUGGAGCGCACGGCGGACGGCUGCAUCGUGCACCUGCCGCGCCACGACACGCUGGUGCACGUGGAGCGCCACGCCACGCACGUGUUCUGCGAGGCCGACGCCGCCGUGCGCCACGCGCUGCGCCGCGCGCUCGCCGCCUGUCUGCCGCACGUGUAGCCGCGCCGCCGCCUGCCGCACGUGUAGCGCCGCUGUCGAGCCGCCGCCGCCUGCCGCACGUCUAGUGCCGCUGUCGAGCCGCCGCCGUGCACUUACUUACUUUUCUAAUAUAUAUUGAUAUAAUAUAUCUUGUACUUUAUUUUAUUCUGCCGACUGUUUGGUGUACGUGUCACCAUGACAGACAACAAUAUGAAUGUCAUUGGCACAUGAUUGGUCUUAUUUAAGUAGCAGUUGAUAUCCUUCUUCUUGCUCCUGCCCUAUUCCCAAUUUUACUUGGGGUCGGCGCAAUAUGUCAUUCUCUUCCAUUUUCCCCUGUCACUCGUCAUACUGACACUCACUCCCUUCCUAUUCAUGUCAUCUUUCAGGCAAUCCAUCCAUCUUUUCCUAGGUCUUCCACUUCCUCUCCAUCCAUAUACAUUCAUACUUAGCACACACUUUGUUGCAUGCAUAUCAUCCCUCCUCAUUACAUACCCAUUAGCAGUUGAUAUCCAAUUGACACAUAAUUAAAUUAGCAUAAUCGAGCCCGUUUUUGGGGCCGAAACUAAAAUAUUAUAAUAGACAUGAUGACUAAAAUAAUGAA